CGCUGGACCAGUCCUCACUACAGCGAGCAGCAGCGCAUCCAUCGUGCCGUGGAGCCGGGCGCUGCACACACACACACACACACACACAGAGAAGAAGAAGAAGAAGAAGAAGAUGGACGGGAUGGGAUCGUUCGGAGCGGGCCGGUCCGGGUCCACUAUCGACCCGAUUACCUUCGCCAAACAGCCGCAGACCAUCCUCAGAGUGCUCUCCUGGAUAUUUUCCCUGGUGGUCUUUGCCUCCAUCGUGAACGAGGGCUACGUCAACUUGGGCAGCGAGCGCCUCCACUGCGUCUUCAACAGGAACGCGGACGCCUGCAACUACGGCGUGUUCGUGGGCCUGGUGGGCCUGCUGGCCUGCUCCUUCUUCUUCAUGCUGGACUACAAGUUCUCCUCCAUCAGCUCCGUCAAGGACAGGAAGAAGGCCAUAAUGAUCGAGAUCGGCUUCUCGGGCGCCUGGACCUUCCUGUUCUUCGUGGGGUUCUGCUUCCUGGCCAAUCAGUGGUCUCGGACCACGGCCGACGAGCUGCCACUCAACCAGGGGGCGGACGCGGCCCGGGCGGCCAUCGCCUUCUCUUUCUUCUCCAUCAUCACCUGGGCCGGGCUGACGGUGCGCGCGGUCCAGAAGUAUCUGCUCGGCACGGACAUGACUCUGUUCACCACGGAGCACAUGGACGGCGGCGCCCCCACCCAGCCGUACCCCUCCAACUCGCCGGUGGGCGUCACCGCCGAGGCCCCAGAGGCCUACCAGAGCCCGCCUUUCACCGAGAGCAACGCGGCGCCCACGUACCAGGUUCCCAUCUACUAGGCCGGGGGGUCGGGAGAGACGGAUGAGAGGAAAGUGACAGAAAACGUGCUUUCUGUGAUGUUUCACCUGCAGUUGUUUACGUGAUCCGGGCUGAGUUUUUCAAUUGUAGAGAGAGAGUUAAAAAAAAAAAAAAGGCCUCGUUCUUUGUUCCCUCGUCUCGUUCCCUUUCCUUUCACGUCCUUCCUUCCUUCCUUAACAACUCUGGCUUUGUCUGCACCUUUCUUGACCUGUGUAUUAAAAAUCAAAUUAUUGCGUUCUCAAAUCCAGUGUCCUCUUGUGUGAGAGGAAAACAAAAAAACCUAGAAAAAUGUAGAAGAAAAGGCCAAUUUAGACCAAAAAAAAACACAAAAAAACAGAGAUGAUGAGAUUUAGGAGCAAGUGACUCCGCCCCAGUGUCAAAAAGAAUAGUGCAGAAUGCACUCACGUGCACCACCUCCAUCCCAUUCUCUCCCAUCAUUGAAGUGUCCAAAUCCCCUUUCAUGGCCAGCAGUACGGGGAAUGACGUAAUAUUUUGUUGCUACAGUGCGGUGAAGAUGUCGAAUCUGCAUGUUUACGAACAGAUGGACCCAGAGCCACACGCUGCUCACACAGUGACUUCAUUUUAGUAGAUUUUCACAUGCUGGGAAAAAACAACAACAAUGUUCUGUGUCUUACGUGCAAUAUCUCACAGUGUCGUGUAGGUCUGCAGGAAGGUGCGUGCUGUGCUGCGGGGGGGGGGGGGGGCUCGUCACCGUCAGGUCACACCAACUUCAGCCACGGUCUCAAAUGACUUGGUCUUUGAACUCUUGUACGAACACGUCUCAGGCAAAUUAAACGCAGAAAAUAGUGGAUCUGACUUUGAGCUUUCCUGGUGAAAGUUUGCAAGAUGUAGAAGUUGUAUCUUAAUCUUAUCUUGUUUCACAUUCAUUGUUUCACAUUUGUGGUGUUUAUGGUCUUUCUCGAUGUAAUCUAAGAGUUGUUUUAAAAGAAGGGUCGCCCGUUUUCCUGGAAUAUCAAAGGUUCAUCGGAGAAAGCUGAGCCCUAUUUUGAGUUAUUUUUCCGUGGCAGAUAUGGAUGGGUUAAUGGAAUCUAAACAGCUGCAAAAUAACCACAAUGUGGAGCUAAACAAAGACACACAAAGAUUACAAAAGAAAUAUUCACAAAACAUCCACAGUGAGACUCAAAAUGACCACAAAGAGAUGCAAAACAACUGGAAAGGGACACAAGCAGGGGAGAAAUAGAAAACAAGGUUAAAUGAUGGGCCCCUGAGCACACGUGUGCCCCCCCCCCCCCCCCCCCCCGUAACCCGUCCACGUGUGAGCUCCGUGAUACGGGACCGUGUCCUCGGUUGAGUGUCUGUUUGUUUACGUUUUAGAAGCUGCCAAACUGCCGUGUGUCCUUAUCGGUGUCUUCUGAUUACGACUGUGUUGUUUCAUGUGAACACAAACCAUAGAGUGGGGGAGGGGGGGGGGGGGGGGGGCUUUUAGUGCUGUCCGAUCUCAUCCAUCCUGGACACGGUUUUUGGAUGUGUUGCCAUGGUAACGGGCACGCGGUGUAGCAGUGCCUGUGUCCCGGAGUUUGUUUGUUGCGUGUGAGUGUGCGUGUUAAAGCGUGCAGGCCAGGCACAUGGGGGGGGGGGGGGGGGGGGGGGAUUUGCUGUGGGUAAAUGUCCAGUAAGUUAAAACUUGUGGUGCAGAAAAGUUAUUUUCUUGAACAUGUGUUUUAGCGCCAGAGGAGGAAAUCGUUACUUAUGUUUUAAUCGUUUCCACUAAAACAAAACGUCCUUCUGCUGAAUAUAUCAUCAGCGUCACUGUCCACAUGUACGAAUUACAAAGUACAAAACUAAGGGAGCCAAAUAUAAAAAGUCCUCAUGAGUGACAGCGUUGACGAGGGUUCUGAAGUAAACAUGGUAAUAAUGCAUGAAGCUGUUGUGAAGGUCUCGUAUGUUGAAUACUGUGUCAUUCUUAAGUUGACUCAUCGUUCUGUGCCAGCCCAACUGGAUUUUUUGAAAAAUGCGACUUUACGCCCUGGCAACUCUCUGUUCAUCCGACGACGCCAUCUCGACCUCCUGAUGGAGCUGGUCACAUGCACACCCGUGUGCACGUGUGCCACCAGUGGCUCUGUAUCUGCUGUCUAAAACCAUCGAUGAUCAGGGGAACAGAUGAUGAACGCAGGCCAAUGUCUGUCUGUUGUGGUCUGAGGAUUAAAAUGAUUGACAUCAUUUUUAGAGUCUUGGAAACCAAAGUUAAAGAUUCACUUUUGAGCAUGACUUCAUUUU